AUACUAAGAAAAUCGCCCUAAAAGUUGUCUAAAUGAAGUGCAAUCCAUCUAGCUACUUAAAAAUUAAACAAAAAUCAAACGCUUUGUUAUUUACCUAAAGAAAAUGGUCAAAUAUAUUGAUAGAACAUGAUGUUAACUUAAUGAUUUCUGGCAUAAAAUAAAAUUCCAACUUUGACCCAUACAAUGUAUUUUUGUCUAUUCCCACAAAUAUACCAGUCUUACAUAAUUCCAUGGGUUACAGAUUCAACAAUUCAAUUGUUGGGUAAUUAAAAGCAAAUAACAAGGUCACAUAUACUUUGCUUUUGCCCAGUAUUGUUUGUUUAAACCCUAUAACACGUAUAACCCAAACAAAAUAAUGAAAGCAUUCAGAUUUAAUCUGGACUGCUCUUACUCCUUAUUUCCUAGAAACGGUAUAUAAAAAGGAAGCAUGCAUGGAACUGGGCCAAAUUCUGCCCUGGCCCAACGCAUCACAUAGGAAAAUCCCUUUAAAGCAUAUAAAAUGAGUUCUUGUCGUAACAUUUGAUCAUUCGAAAGUGGUUUAGGGUGGAAUGUGAAAGAAGACCAUCAGGAAACCGAACAAUGAAGACUGUUACUGCUCUGCUUCUUGUCAGUUUAGCUGUUGUUGCUAUUGAAGGGCAGCAUAUGAAAAGCCAGAGAUGUGUGUGUCUUGGUGCUGGACUCAACAUGGUGAAGCCAGUGCUGAUUGAGAAGAUUGAAAUUCUCCCUUCAAGUCCAUCCUGUGGACAUAUGGAAGUCAUAGCCACGCUGAAGAAUGGAGCUGGAAAACGAUGCUUAAAUCCAAAGUCCAAGUUUACGAAAAAGAUCAUUGACAAGAUUGAAAAAAAUAACCGAAACGCUCGGUAAAAUGGAUGAAGUGGUUCAGCUGCAUUUUCGAGUGUCAAGAUUGUGGCCAAUUUGGAGUUUAUUAAAAAUAUGAGAUGUUUUAAUGUGUUACAAUGUAAUUUAUUAAAUGUAUUUUCCCUCUAGCUUAAUUUAUUUAUUCUGAUUGUAUCGUUUUAUUUAUUGUCUGAUCCAAAUCUUCAAAUAAAACCUUGUGAAGGUUUCACAA